UUUGUAGUUGAGUCGCCAGAAAGAUGGCAUUUACAGUUUUUUGAAAAUUAAUAAAAUUCACUAAUUUUUAUGUAGGCCAUAUUAGGCCUUUAGGCAUUCUUUGAGAAGAGAAACCCCGGGCUUCUAUAACGGAGAAGAAUGGAACUAAAACAGAUUUCCAGCAACAAGUGCUUUGGCGGGCUCCAGAAAGUUUUUGAACAUAGCAGUGUUGAGCUGAAAUGUAAAAUGAAAUUUGCUAUCUACCUACCACCCCAGGCUGAGAGUGCAAAGUGCCCUGCACUUUACUGGCUGUCUGGUUUAACUUGCACAGAACAAAAUUUCAUAUCAAAGUCUGGCUGUCAACAAGCUGCCUCAGAACAUGGCCUUGUGGUCAUUGCUCCUGAUACCAGCCCCCGUGGCUGCAAUAUUAAAGGAGAAGAUGACAGCUGGGACUUCGGCACUGGUGCGGGGUUUUUUGUGAACGCCACUGAGGAUCCUUGGAACACUAACUACAGAAUGUACUCUUACGUAACAGAGGAGCUUCCACAACUCAUAAAUGCCAAUUUCCCAGUGGACCCACAGAGGAUAUCUAUUUUUGGUCACUCCAUGGGAGGUCACGGAGCUCUGAUUUGCGCUUUGAAAAAUCCUGGAAAAUACAGAUCUGUAUCUGCAUUUGCUCCAAUUUGCAACCCUGUGCUCUGUCCUUGGGGCAAAAAAGCUUUUAAUGGAUAUUUGGGACCAGAUCAAAGUAAAUGGAAGGCGUACGAUGCGACCUGUCUCGUGAAGUCCUACUCGGGUCCACAGAUUGACAUACUAAUUGAUCAGGGGAAAGAUGACGAGUUCCUCUCGAAUGGCCAGUUACUCCCUGACAACUUCAUCGCUGCCUGCACAGAAAAGAAAAUCCCUGUUGUUUUUAGGCUACAAGAGGGUUAUGAUCAUAGCUACUACUUCAUUGCAACCUUCAUCACUGACCACAUCAGGCAUCAUGCCAAGUACCUGAAUGCAUGAAGAGCUUCAGACAAGAGAAUCUCAUCAGGAUGAUAAAAGUUGGAAUCAACAGGAUUGCUGACAAAAAGAUUUUGGAUUUCCUCUGAAAAGAUCAUGCUCCUGCAGUUGAAUCACUUUUCUGAAUAAACAUAUCAAACUUU